AUCUCUGGAAGCUGGAGGCACAGGCUCCUGAGCAACAUGGGAAAUGGUUCGGUGAAACCCAAGCAUGCUAAGCACCCAGAUGGCCAGUCAGGGAACCUCAGCAAUGAAGCCCUGCGGAGCAAGGUGGCAGAACUGGAGCGGGAGCUGAGGAGGAAGGAUGCAGAACUUCAGGAACGGGAGUACCACCUGAAGGAGCUCCGGGAGCAGCUGGCCAAGCAGACCGUGGCCAUCGCGGAGCUCACAGAAGAGCUGCAGAGCAAGUGCAUCCAGCUGAACAAGCUGCAGGAUGUUAUACAUGUGCAGGGAGGAAGCCCACUGCAGGCCUCUCCCGACAAAGUGCCUCUGGAUGUUCACCGCAAGACCUCAGGCUUGGUCUCUCUCCACAGCAGGAGGGGGGCAAAGGCUGGAGUGUCUGCAGAGCCAACAACGCGAACCUAUGACCUCAACAAACCGCCUGAGUUUUCCUUUGAGAAAGCGAGAGUCAGGAAGGAUUCCAGUGAGAAAAAGCUCAUCACAGAUGCUCUGAAUAAGAACCAGUUUCUGAAGAGAUUGGAUCCCCAGCAGAUCAAAGACAUGGUGGAAUGCAUGUACGGGAGAAACUAUCAACAGGGCAGCUACAUCAUUAAGCAAGGGGAACCUGGAAACCGAAUCUUUGUGCUGGCUGAGGGUAGACUAGAGGUGUUCCAAGGAGAGAAAUUGCUAUCAUCCAUUCCGAUGUGGACCACGUUUGGGGAACUGGCUAUUUUGUACAAUUGUACUCGGACUGCCUCUGUGAAAGCUAUCACCAAUGUUAAAACUUGGGCACUCGAUAGAGAGGUUUUCCAGAACAUUAUGAGGAGAACAGCGCAAGCCAGGGACGAGGAGUACAGAAACUUCCUCAGAAGUGUUUCCUUGUUGAAGAAUUUACCUGAAGACAAACUAACCAAGAUCAUUGACUGCUUGGAGGUGGAAUACUAUGACAAAGGAGAUUAUAUCAUCAGAGAAGGAGAAGAAGGGAGCACCUUUUUCAUUUUGGCAAAAGGAAAGGUGAAAGUCACACAGAGCACAGAAGGUCAUGAUCAGCCACAGUUGAUCAAAACACUGCAGAAAGGAGAGUACUUUGGAGAAAAGGCUCUGAUCAGUGAUGAUGUCAGAUCAGCCAAUAUAAUUGCAGAAGAAAAUGAUGUCGCAUGCCUCGUGAUAGACCGAGAAACAUUCAACCAAACUGUUGGGACAUUUGAUGAACUCCAAAAAUACCUUGAGGGGUAUGUGGCCAACCUGAACCGAGAUGAUGAAAAAAGACACGCAAAGCGCUCCAUGUCUAGCUGGAAGUUGUCCAAAGCCCUUUCUCUGGAGAUGAUUCAGCUGAAAGAGAAGGUGGCCAGAUUCUCCUCAACCUCCCCAUUCCAGAACCUUGAGAUUAUCGCAACACUGGGCGUUGGUGGGUUCGGAAGAGUGGAGCUUGUUAAAGUUAAAAAUGAGAAUGUUGCUUUUGCCAUGAAGUGUAUAAGGAAGAAGCACAUUGUUGAUACAAAGCAGCAAGAACACGUGUACUCAGAAAAGCGGAUCCUGGAGGAGCUGUGUUCUCCCUUCAUCGUGAAAUUGUAUCGUACUUUCAAGGACAAUAAAUAUGUAUACAUGCUUCUGGAGGCCUGCUUAGGUGGGGAGCUGUGGAGUAUAUUAAGGGACAGAGGCAGCUUUGAUGAACCCACCUCCAAAUUCUGUGUUGCUUGUGUGACAGAAGCAUUUGACUAUCUGCACCGACUAGGCAUUAUCUACAGAGACCUGAAGCCAGAGAACUUAAUUCUGGAUGCGGAUGGCUACCUUAAGUUGGUUGACUUUGGAUUUGCUAAGAAGAUCGGCUCUGGGCAAAAAACAUGGACAUUCUGUGGAACUCCCGAGUAUGUGGCCCCUGAGGUCAUUCUUAACAAAGGACAUGACUUCAGUGUGGAUUUCUGGUCUCUGGGAAUUCUGGUCUAUGAGCUCCUAACGGGCAACCCUCCUUUCUCUGGCAUAGACCAAAUGAUGACCUACAAUUUGAUUCUCAAAGGAAUCGAGAAGAUGGAUUUUCCCAGAAAGAUAACAAGGCGACCUGAGGAUUUGAUCCGGAGGCUUUGCAGGCAAAACCCAACAGAAAGGCUGGGGAAUCUGAAGAAUGGAAUCAAUGACAUUAAGAAACACAGGUGGUUAAAUGGUUUUAAUUGGGAGGGGCUGAAAGCACGGAGCCUUCCGUCACCUUUACGAAGAGAGCUCAGCGGCCCCAUAGAUCACAGCUACUUUGACAAGUAUCCUCCUGAAAAGGGGGUGCCUCCAGAUGAAAUGUCAGGCUGGGAUAAAGACUUCUGACAGGAGAAAAACGCUGCCGUGCCCUGGAAGAGGACUGUGAGGAACAGUGACACAAUGCUGAUUAUUCCUCUCUUCAAAGCAUUGUCAGGUCACCUGGAAGACAAUUAUGGAAAAGAAAACCCUGAUAGACAGGGAAGAAGAGUGGCUGGAUGUGGUUCUGAAUGAAAACACCUCCUUUAGAUGCUGUGAAUUAUUCCUGUAUUCCAUUCUGUACUUGUCUCAGAGGUCAAAGGUUGCCCUUUCCAUUUCCAUGGUCUGAUUCAUUUUUGUUGGCAUAACAUAGUUUUCUCUGAAAUUUAUUGCUCCCUCCAAAUCAUACUCUCAUGCCUAGAAUCCUAAUAAAAUAAAUAUGGCUUUUGUCCUUGAGCACCUAAGUUAUCCAGAUAGAAGGAAGACUAUUGAGCAACUUUAGAAGAAUCUCUCUAGGGCUCAACAGACACCAGGGAUAUAUGCGACAUUCACAAAUCAUGGUUUCUAGACAUCUUAGGUAGUCAAUAGAAGACCAUGAAUUUUAUUUUCUUUCAACUUACAAAUAUACUAAUAUAUUUUUGGUGUUAUCAAGGAAAAUGGAAACAUUUGGAUAUUAGUGAGUGGUGCCACUUACUAAAGAAGGCCAGUCAAUCAAAUUGGAUAAGUAUAUCAUUUUU